AUGCUUAAGGUUAUUUUAAAUAGUAUUGGAAAGAAAAAGUAUUUUUUUAAGAUCAAAUACAAUUUUUUAUUUUUUAAUAAGAAAAAUUUGUUUACACAAAAUAAAAGUGAGAAUAAUGUAAAUUCAAUUUAUAGAAAAGAAAAUGAAAUAAUUUUGCACAAGUCUUAUCUAUUAAAAGAUUCCAAAAUAAAUGAUAUAAUAAAUAUAUUGAAUUUAUACAUCAAACUAAAAAAUGAAAACAUUGAAUUAUUAAAGAAUGUUUCUAUAAAUUUAUUAAUGAAUAAAGAAAAAUUAAGAUAUGGUGAUAUAAUUAUUUUAUUAAAAAAAUUUUCUAUUAUAAAAUGCAAAAAUUAUUAUUUAUUUUGUUAUUUCAAAGAUGCAUUAAUAGACAACCUUCAUUUACUUAAGUAUGAUGAAUUAAUAGACGUAUAUUUUUCUUUUACGAAUUUGAAUUAUUUUCAUUAUAAUUUUUAUUUAUUAAUUGAAAAGAAACUGUUUCAUAAUUUUAAUUUAAUAGAUUUAAAAAAGUUAAUUUUAUUAAUACAAUGUUUUAAUAAAAAAAAAAUAAUAACGAAAAACUAUUUAACAAUAUUAUUAUAUAGUAUAUCUAAAAAUAUAAAUAAAUUUAACAUAUUUCAGCUUUCAGUGAUUUUUUCCUUUUUCAAAAACUUUAAAAUAAAUAAUAGUAUACUUAUCAAUUCUUUAAUUCAUAAUUUUAAUCAAAAUGUCAAUAUAAAUGAUUCUACAAAGUGUCUAUCACUUUUUUAUAAUUUCUUAUCUUAUAUAAAUAAAAAAUGUAAAAAAAACUACAUGUAUUUUGAAAAAGAAAAAGAAUUAAUUGGUGUAAUAAAACAAUUUAAAUUAAAAUUUGAGAAAGAAGAAAUGAAAUAUGAAGAUGAAUUGCAUGAAAUAGAAGAAAAUGAAGAAAUAAAUAAUGAAUAUAAUAAAAAAGAAAUGAAAUUAGAUAUAGAUAAAAUGAAUUAUGAAGAAAACAGCGAAAAAAAAAAAAAAAUAGGUGAAUAUAUAAAAAAAAAUAUAUCCUUACUUGAGAAUAAUAUUUUAUUAAAAAACGAACAAUUACAAAAAUUGAAAGAACAAACACAUUUAUUAAAAAAAAAUUCAUAUAAUUUUAAUCUAAUGUAUUCAAUUAAAAAUACAUUAAAAAAUAUAGAAAUUAUAACGAAAAAAAAUAUUAAGUUUAUGUCUGUUCAAUCCUUAUGUUUAAUAUCAUCUGCUUUAUCUAAUAUUGAUAAAAACAAACUUAUUUUAGAAAAAAUUGCUGAAGAAGUUGGUAAACAAUCAACUAAAUUAACACCUUUAUUAAUAAGUUUUUUGUUAUUGUCUUUUAGCAAAGCAAAUCACAAACAUGGAAGUUUAAUUUAUUAUUCCUUGCAAUUUUUUUAUAAAUACUAUAAAUUUUUUAAUAUUAAUGAAGUUGGCAUACUUUGCAAAAGUUUACAGAAUUUUUCAAUUAAAGAAAAUGAAUUCAUUAACAUUCUAAAUGAAUUUAUUUUAAGUAACCAAGAUAUUUAUAAUAAUAUUCACAAAGAAAAAAAAAUUCAGGAUAAUAUGGAAAAUUUAAAUUAUGAUAAUAAUAAUAACUGUUCGAAUAAUCAUAAUAUGGAGAAAUUAUUUUAUGAAAUAGAAAAAAGUAUUGAAAAAAAUAUUGAGUUUAUGAAUUAUGAGGAUCAAUUUAAAAAUUUAAAAAGAAUUCAUAAAGAUGAGGAUAAGAAACACAAUGAUAAUCAUAAUAAAAAAAAUAACUAUGAUAAAAAGUAUAAUGAAUUUGUAAAUUUUAGUUAUAUUGAUUAUGAAAAUAUAAAAAAAAAUAAUUACUAUCCCAAUAAUUUAUAUAAUAUUAAGAUGAAUAAUUCUAUUUAUAUAAAUAACAUCAUAUAUAUUUUAGAAUAUUAUUCUUUUAAUUUAAUACGAAUUGAUAAAAUUUUAGAUAUUUUUUGUGACAUUUUUAUAAAAAGUGACCUUAAUUACAUUUUAUAUUCAAGAAUAUUUUAUUCAUUUUAUCUAUUACAAUAUCAAAAUAAAAAAAUCUAUGAAUUAAUUGAAAGUUUUAACAAUUACCAACCACUGUAUCAAGCAAUGUAUAAAGAGAAACAUAUGAUGAAAAUUUUAGAGUCUUUAAUUUAUUAUUAUGAAAAUAAAAAUGAGAAUAAAAUGUCUGAUAUACAUUUUUAUGUGUUAUCUAAAAGUUCCUUUUCAUUCAUAUUUAAUUUUUCUAAAUAUUUUUUAACAUUCUUAUUUAUCAAAAAUAAUAAUCAUGUUUUUCAUAAAUUUUUGUUAUCUAUUAAAGAUAUAACUUUGAUAAAAGAUUACAUUUUUCUUCAUAAACCAAAUAAUUUAUAUUAA